AUGGCACCUACUUACGACGAUUCACCUGAACUCGCCGAGGGCCACGACUUGCCCGAGGCCUAUGUCAGCCACCCACCUCCGGAACAAGUCUGGUCUCCUCAGCCGUCUAUCGCGCCGACUUAUGUCUCUCAGCCCCCUGGAACUUAUGGAAACAAUGAGGGCUACACAAACACCGGCGCAUACAGCACUACUGGAACGUACUCGGAGGCUGGAAAGAGCGCAGCGGCGGGUGCUGUAGGAGGCGUGACGGGAGCAGCAGCAACCGAUGCUGGAACUGACGGAGCAUACACCUCUCCCGAGUCCAUUCACCCGGAAAAGAAGACGGCCACGACUGUUGGUGGAAUUUCCCUGGUCCUCCUCCUCUCCAUCAUCAUCGGUAUUCUUGCGGCUGCGGUUAUCGGACUGGCAGCUGGUACUGGUGUUGCAACCAAUAACUACAACAAUGCAAACUCCAAACUGGCAGCUCUAAGCUCCUCUCUGGCUGAUGCCCAGGCUACAUCUCCGCCCGACGCAGCCUGUGCCACUGGUACAGGCACUGCAGCUGCUGCUACCCCUUCUAGCACCUCUGCAAUCUUCAACUCCCUCGACAACGGAUGCACUGAUGACCCGAACGGUGUUAAUGGAACCGUUUACACCUCUGCAUUCUUUGGCAAGCCGCAUUUCACCAUGUACUGCAACAAGGAUACGAACAACCCUGCCAUCUACUCUGUUUUCGCCAAGGACUUCAACGGCUGUAUGGAUGCUUGCGCCGCGUGGAACUCGUACAACACUACCACCAAGGGCACCUGUGUAGCCGUCUCGUUCAUUCCCUCGUGGAGUUUCGCAAAGAACGCCCAGAGUGGCGGCGCUCCUGGAGACUGUUAUCUCAAGUCCGGCACACUGUCAUUUGCCCUCCUGAAAAACCCCAACAUCGGGACGGAGUGCCACGCGGCUCUUCUUCUCAAGUCGUCGUAA